AUGAAACGCAUACGCUGUUCCUCGUCGCUAUGUGAUCAAUUCCUCUCCUCCUCAAGGCAAAUAGUGCCCCGCCCUCGAAUAACGGUGACGGCAAAAGGACCGCUUCUCACAUCACAUACCCGCGCCCUCUCUACCACCCCAGUACGGUCUCAGUACUAUGAGAAGCCCAUCAACCCCUACGAACCAGCACCUGGAGAGCCCCUCCCUCGCGCGCGCAACCCUCUCAACUCCGCAAAGCUCGCCGCUCUCCAUGCCCGUCUUAGUCUGCAUCCAAGUUACCCUAUACAGACUCUAGCCCGCGCACUCAUUGACCAGUCUGCCGACCCAAUCCGCUUUUAUAACAACAGCUCCCUCGCCUACCUCGGGAACUCCCUCCUCGGGUACUAUGGUGCCGAGCACUUUAUGUGUACAUACCCGCGACUCCCUACCCUGGUUCUCAAGUCUGCAAUGGCCGCCUUCGUGGGCCCGAGGCCGCUUGCCGCCAUUGGGCGAGAAUGGGGUGUCGAGACCGCCUUCGAGCCAACCCCAGACGUUGACGCCGGUCUUCUCCAGUUCAAGCGAUUGCCUCCCGGGACAACAGUGAAGGGGCAUCUACGCCCUGCCCGCAGCGAGGGUGUCCCGGAGGAGGAGGCAAUGGCAAACUUUGUCCGCGCUACAUUUGCGGGUGUGUAUCUCCAUGAGGGAGUCGCGGCGAGUAGACAGUUCUUCCGGCAGCAUGUAAUGUCGCGGAAGCUAGACGUGGACCAGCUGUUUAACUUUGUGCAGCCGACACGAGAGCUCUCGAGAUUGUGUGCGAGGGAGGGAUUUACACCGCCAGUUGCGAGACUGAUUAGUGAGACGGGUAGGAUGUCGAGGAGCCCGGUAUUCAUAGUAGGCGUAUAUUCGGGGCAGGAAUGCCUUGGGCAGGGACAUGGUGCAAGCAUGGAUGAGGCUAGGAUAAGAGCGGCAGUGAACGCGUUGAAGGGGUGGUAUUUGUACAGUCCGGCGAACCCAGUGGAUCUUCCCAGCAAGAUGGAUGUGGACCCUGCGGCGUCUUUUGCGCCGGCUAUGAUUGAUGUAGGCGAAGUUAUUGUUUAG